AUGUUUGCUGCUUCUGCGCGAAGCCGUCUCUCCACCUUGUCACGGCCUAGGCUUCCUCCUACACAACUGCUCUCCCGCUCGACUCCCGCCAUGGCUCGCAAGGCUUCCUCCGUCCCCGAGGGGUACAAGGAGGACCUCUCCAAGGGCAAGAUGCUCCGCUUCGAAGACUCCUUGCCCCGCCUUCCCGUGCCCUCUUUGGAGGAAACUGGCAAGCGCUACCUCAAGUCCGUGCAUCCCUUGGUCUCCGAGGCCGAGUUCGAGCGCACCAAAAAGGCCGUCGAUGCCUUCAUUCGCCCCGGUGGUGAGGGCGAGCUUCUGCAGAAGCGCCUGCUGGACCGCGCCGCCAAUCCCAAGGUCAAGAAUUGGCUCUCAGAGUGGUGGAACUCCGCCGCUUAUCUGGCGUACCGGGACCCCGUCAUUCCCUACGUCUCGUACUUCUACUCCUACCGCGAUGACCGCGAGCGUCGUGAUCCCGCCAAGCGUGCCGCCGCCAUCACUUCGGCCGCCUUGGAGUUCAAGCGUCAGGUCGACGAUGGUUCUCUCGAGCCCGAGUACAUGCGCGGUCAGCCCAUGGCCAUGAGCUCCUACGAGUACAUGUUCAACUGCUGCCGUAUCCCUGCCAAGCCCGAGGACUUCCCCCGCAAGUACUCCGCCGCCGAGAAUCAGCACAUUGUCGUGGUUCGCAAGAACCAAUUCUUCAAGGUGCUGCUCGUUGUGGAUGGCCAGCCUUUGAACGUGUCGGAAUUGGAGCAACAAUUCAAGCGGAUCUACGAGAUUGCCCAACCCGCACCGCCGGUCGGUGCACUGACGGUGGCCGAUCGUGAUCACUGGACGAGUGCCCGCGAGAAGCUCAUUGCUGCGGAUCCCGCCAACGAGCAAGCGCUGCAGGACAUCGAGUCUGCCGGGUUUGUCAUCUGCCUGGAUGACGCCAAGCCCGUGACACUGGAGGAGCGGGCUCACCAGUACUGGCACGGAGAUGGCUGCAACCGCUGGUUCGAUAAGCCUCUGCAGUUCAUCAUCAACGACAACGGUGCCGCCGGCUUCAUGGGCGAGCACUCCAUGAUGGACGGCACCCCCACUCACCGUCUGAACGACUUUGUCAACGCGCUCAUCUUCGGCCGUAAGAUCGAUUUGUCUGCCAAGUCUGUCCGCUCCCAGCUGGCCGACCCCAAGGCCAUUCGAUUCGCCUUGAAUGACGAGGUCAACGAGGCGAUCGAUGUGGCUGUUCAGUAUCACCGCAAGCAGAUCGGCAACCACGAGCUUGUCGUUCAGGCGUACCAAGGGUAUGGCAAGGGCCUGAUUAAGAAGUUUAAGUGCAGCCCCGACGCCUACGUUCAGAUGGUCAUCCAAUUGGCCUACUACAAGAUGUACGGCAAGAACCGUCCCACUUACGAGUCUGCUUCCACCCGCAAGUUCCAGGAGGGCCGUACUGAGACUACUCGCACUGUCUCUGACGAGAGUGUGGCUUUCACCCGCGCGUUCUGCGACCCCAGCGUGCCUCGCGAGGAGGUCGUCAAGCUGUUCCGCGCCGCGUUGUCUCAGCAUACCAAGUACACUCUCGAGGCCAGCGACGGCCACGGUGUCGACCGCCAUCUCUUCGGCUUGAAGAAGUUGCUCCAGCCCGGCGAGAAGCUCCCUGCCAUCUAUGAAGAUCCCGCUUUCACAUACUCUGGCUCUUGGUACAUUUCCUCCUCGCAACUGAGCUCCGAGUUCUUCAACGGAUACGGAUGGAGCCAGGUCAUUGAUGAUGGAUUUGGCAUUGCCUAUAUGAUCAACGAGAACAGUCUCAACUUCAACAUCGUUUGCAAGCGCAUCGGUGCUCACCGCAUGAGCUACUACUUGAACGAAGCCGCCUCCGAACUUCGCGACGUCCUCCUUCCCGACCUGACCGCUCAGCCCGAGAAGUCCAAGCUGUAA